AUGCCUCAGCUUCACAACCGGAUGAAGUACUUGCCUUGGACGCAGAGAUUCAUCGUACGCCUGUAUCCUCCACCAGUCAAUAAGCUUAGAGCGUGGAAGGGCGAGUACCGCUAUCAACUGAAAGGUCCUCCACGGCAAAAUGAUCCAGUCCUUCGACUAAUCCAUCGGACCAUCAAAGAAGUCAGCAAGGAAGACAUGGUUGUUUCUGCAGCUGGCAUUACUGUGCACAACCUCUCUCCCGGCCCCCCGAUCUGGCCAUUGAGUCUCAAGAAUGCGCAAUGUCCGAUCAAGCUCUACGCCGUUAAGCAGUGGUUCGAGGAGUUUCCAUCAGUCCUCCCAGUAUCGGUUAUCGACCGAGGGAGCCCAUUUCCCCUUACCGUGGACAAGAUUCUCGUGGAAGUCGAGGGCAAGUGGAAACCGUUCAAGGAGUGGCUCUCUGAGUUCCCUGACCGUGAGUGGCUGCUUCACAAACCUCAUGCUGCGCAGAGGAAGUGGUGGACCAAGAACGGGAAGGCCUUCCCUAUCAUGCAACUCCCGAAAGAGCUCCGAGAAAUCAUACUUAAGUAUGUACUGGGUGGGGAAAUCCGCCCACAUGUGAACCAUUUCGGGGAGGGUCGUCGGGUCAUCCUUGGCACUGCGUCUUCCAACAAUCCUUACAGUGGGGACAUUUCCAAUUGGCGUCACGGAAGCCAUGAGAGGAAGAAACUCAAGAAGCUCAUUCCCCAUCCCAACUAUGCCAUCUUCUGCGUCAGCAAGACAAUUUACGAGGAGGCAAUGUAUGUGGGUUGGGGCCCCGAUGCUCGAAAGCAUUUCAUCAACCCGGAAUACCUGAAGAAUGUGCUCCUAUGUCCGACCCCACCUGCACAGCCGAACUGGCUCACCAAGCUCAAACUGGAAUUUUCCAUCCAAGGUUACUUCUCCUUGCUAGGAGUCGAGAUCUUCCCGACGAUGUGGAUCGACGAGUCCAAGUCCCUGAUGCAUCUAAUCAAAGGCAUCAAGACGCUUGUAGACCUCGACCUACAGUUCAACAACCCAUACGAGAACUAUAGCAAGGCGGACCGCAAUCCUUGGCUCAAUUUAUCCUAUAAUAUGGGGCCUCAAUUCGGUAAUCAGUACGACGGCACGCGACGGGUUCCCUGCCACAAGAUCAUUGCGGACUGGAUCCUGACGUUCUUAUUCCCACAUAUCAAAUAUAUACCGCGCAUCCGCCUUACAGGGUGCAUCAAGACAUGCGUCCUAAAGAAGUGGGAUUAUAUUCUGCUGCGGGAGUACAUCGAGCGCAAGUGGGACUAUCGCACCCAUGGCUACGACUGGGGGCGUGAGAUGGAACUUAUAAUGAGCUUACCUCAGUCCGCUCUUCCUCCGCAGUGCUUUUGCCCUUUAUCGUGCGAUGCUAGGGAAUUAGAGUAUCGGCAAGAUGUCUGGCUUAGUAUGCCUGACAGCUUCGACCGCGACGAUGAGUACACCUCGGAUAUGGAUGUGUGGCCGCCGAGUUGGUUGCGCUAUCGCGACAGCAAAAUCCGAAGGGGUUAA